AUGGCUUCAAUGAGCGAUCUCCUGGCUGACCCGGCUGACAGAGCCAUGUUCAUGGAGCGCCUUGAGCAGCUGGGCAUCCAGCACGACCGUGAGCAGGCGCUCCGGGCUGCUGCGAUGGCCUCGCAGAAUGCCGGUCAGGCUGGCGACCGCAAUGGUCGCAAGUCUCCCGGAAAGUCCUCCUCCUCCUCGGAGGAGGAUGUUGAGACUGGCAGCGGCGUCCGCCUUACCAACGAGUACCUCUCGGGUAACCCGUACGGCUUGCUCGCAUCUCUCGAGACCGCCGAGAACUCGGCGCAGUUGAACACUUCCUCUUUGAGAGGCAGUCCUUCCCGUUCUUCCCAGAAUGCCGCCAAGGCGCUGCGUCCUACUUCGUCCGACACAGCCGCUGUGGGUGGCAGCCGUUCCACAAUCCCUGAGACCACCGCUAGCGACGUCUUCAAAGAGACCGCGUCUGGCUCAGGCAAGAAUCCCGUGGUCACGGCCUUGUCUUACACCCUCGGUCAGAACAACCUCCAGACCUCGGAGGCUGGUGGCAAUGGCAUGUCUCAGCGCAAUGAGUAUGUCGGUGGCUCUCCCAGCAAGGGCAUCUCUUCCUUCGUGCGCAAUGUCGCCGAUACCUCUCAGUUCGGCUUCCCCUCUGGUUCUUGCAUCUUCGUUGCCAAUCUCCCUGAGUACAAGGAUGACAUUACUCUCGAGGCCGCUGUGAUCAGCGAGUUCGACCGCUUCGGAGUUGUCUUCGUCAAGAUUCGUCGCGAUGGAAGCGGCAUGCCCUACGCCUUCGUUCAAUUCAACACGAAGGAGGAUGCCGAGGAUGCCCGCAUCCAGGGUAGAGGAAGCUUGAUUCUUGGUCGCCCGUGCCGCACCGAGACUGUUCGCGCCAAUCGCACCUACAUCAUCUACCGCCAUGAUCGAGUUAAUAUGACGGUUGAGGAGGCCCAGGAGCUCUUGACUCCAUUCGGCGCGCUUGACAGAAUCAACCUUUUGGACAAGGAGAUUCAAGAGAAGCUCGGACUUCCGGUCACUGUUCGUGUUCAGUUCGCUGUUCAUGACCCCUCUCAGCAAGUCCUUCGGGCUUUCCGCAUGAACCACACAUACAGGGUUGAGUCGUACGACUUCAAGAAGGCCAUGCAGAUCCGAGCUCGCAUGCCUCAUCGUCCUCCCAUGGAGAACAACACUGCAGAGCGUGACGGUCGUUCCAUCUUCAUGGGUGAUCUCCCUCUCGGCUUCACCGAGGACAAGAUCCGCAACCUCAUGGAUCAAAUUGGAGGUGUGGUCGCCGUCCACACCCAGCAGUGCGCUUAUGAGGACGGUCCCAAGCAAAUUGCGUUUGUUGAGUUCACCAACGUCAGCUAUGCCCGGUCUGCCAUUGAGCGUUUCAAUGACUCCCUCGUCGAGGACCACAUCAUCCGCGUUCAACAGCGUAUGGAUAGACGUCGUCGCUACGGCGGCUUCAACGGCGGCGGCAGCAACCGCGCCUUUCAGAGCAACAGCUACCAUGGCAAUGUCGCUUCUACUCCUGCUCGUGUUAGCCAUCUUCAGCAGCGCCUUACCAGCCUGGCCAUCGAGGCUGCUCCCUCCUCCGAGGCUGCCCAGGGCACGCUUACUGUCAUGCCCACUGGCUAUCCUCUUAACCCCGGACAUGGCCUGAUGGUUGGCACGCAGUCUAUGCAGGCUCUGCAGAAUGACAAUUGCAUGCAGCAGAGCACUCAGCAGACCACGCAGCAGACCCCGCAGCAGAAUAUGCAGCAGACCACGCAGCAGAACAUGCAGAGCAUCCAGACUCAGACUCAGAUGCACCCCCAGAUCAACAUCAACCAGGGCAUGCAGACCCAGACUCAGCAGCCCUUGAACAACCAGAUGGUUCCGCAGAUGCAGAUGCAGUCUGGCCCGAUGCAGCAGGUUCAGCCCGCCAUGCACUCUCCUAUGCACAUGCAGCCUAUGAGCCAGCAGAUGAGCAACCGGAUGGCUCAGCAGUCUCCCAUGAAUACGCAGCCCAUGGGUCACAACAUGAACCAGCAGGCGAUUCAGCAGGCUCCCAUGAAUGCGCAGCCCAUGGGUCAACACAUCAGCCAGCCCAUGGUCCAGGGAAUGCCCAUGCAGCAGACUCAGGUCCAGUACCCCAUGGCUCCUCCCCCCCUUCCUUCUCAGAUGGGAACUCCUAUGCACAACAACAACAAUGGCAUGCCGUACUACGCUCAGGGUGGCCCCGUCCAGACCCCUGUUCAGCAGUCUCCCGUUGGCUUCUGGGGCUACGGCCACGGCACUCCUCUCUGGACUCCGUUCACUCGCGAUUUCGCGCCGCACUCUUCCCCGGCUCAACACUCUCAGAUGCCCUUCACUGGUCUGAUGCAGUCUGAGCCUGCCAUGACUGAUGUCAACCAGGCUUUCGUCACUGACGGUUCCGACCGUUCCAACUAG